AUGUGGUCUCGCAGUAUGAUUGUAGGCGGUGUUCCGCUCCUGGCCGCUGCGUGGCAAGUUGCGCUCUCGGCUGGCAUGCCGUGGCCGACGCGGGUCGCCUUGACUGGCGUCGGACCGCUCAUCUGGAUCACUUUUGGACUGGUUUUAUUGCUUUGCUGGCGGUUGAUCUCGGCACGCCAAGCCGCCAGACUUCAGCAGCUUCACAAAGACCUGGAUGGCCGGGGACCGCUCUCGUCCGCGCUUUGGGCUGGGGUGGCUCCAGCGGACUUGCUCAGACCCUGCCAGACAUACCCAGGCUUUGUGGCCAUGUCUGCCCUCGAGCGCGUGGCAGGCCACGGUGAUCCAGAGCUCUUUUUCCAACUCUGUACAGCCAUUCCUGUGUGGGAUUCCAUCUUUGCUCCAGGCUUGCCAGAGCACAAGUACGCCGCAUCGCCACCGCACCACACAUUGCUGCACAUGGCGGCCCACAGCGGCAGUGAAGACAUUGUGCGCUGGCUACUGCAGCAUGAGGUUUCUUGGGCGCGUGGUCUGUCCUGGAAGCAGCUGCGCGACUACCAGCCUCUUGUUGCGCGCCGCGACCACAUGGACGAGCUACCCCUGUUUGUUGCCUGCCGCCAAAAUCGGCUAGCCAUGUUUAAGCUUCUUUAUCGGGCGCAUCCCGUCACAGACGCCACCACGCUCAACCGGUUGCUCAAUCUUGCCGCGCUCAACCACGCUGAUCCCAUUGCUGUAUGUUUGGACCGAUCGACCGAUUUGAGAUGGAGCGCUGCCCGUGCACAGCCUCGUCGCUUGGUUGAAAUGCUGGAUGCCUUGCUUGCGCGCAAGGUCAUGCUUGAUCAAACCGAUCAUGAUGGCCAGACGGCCCUCAACACGGCCUGUCGCCACGGCCAUCGCGACCUGGUCCUGCGUCUGCUGGCGGCCGGCGCUCGCUGUGACAGCGGUGCACGCCUGGAUCUGGACUGGGCCAUUAACAACUGCGUGCAGGAGGCACGCGUCGGCUGGACGCUGCGUUGCCGUGCACCGCAGGACAUGGAGGCAGCGGCCCAUGUGCUCGUGCAGCUGAUUAACGCUCGGGCGCACAUCUCGGAUGCGCUGCGCAAAACGUGCACCCGAGCUUUGCUUAACAAUGCAUACCCCGCCCCGCACGCUGCUUUCAUGAUUGCCAUGGGCCUCUUGGGCCCACACGAGCGCCGCGUGCUGCGAGAUCACCGCGAAGCCUUCUUGCACACGGCGCUAGCCUCAUUGUUGCGUCCACGCGUCGCGGCCCGCCGGCGCCUCACGCUGGACCAGUUGGCUAAAGCAGCAGCGGCCGAAGUGCGCAGCUGGACGCUGGCGGGCCUCGAGGAAUUUGCUUCGACACACCACCACCUCGUCCAGGGUCUGGGCUUGUUGGCUCAGCCGCUGCCCGCGCUGUCGGCAGUGACGCGUAGCGGCAUAACCGCCCUUCUGGGCAUGAUCAAUGACGCAUGUGACUCAUUGCCUUCGCUGCAACAGGCUGCUGCCUGGUCCUGGCGUGCUGGCCACCUGGAGCAGCUGCAGCACCGGGAAAGCAUGCCCAACCUUCUCACACUUGCACGGGAGCUGCCGAUACCAUCAGCCAUCAAAUGUGGCUUGUCCCUGGACGAUCAAGGAGCACUUCUUACCUGCAGCGCUGUUUUGCAUGGUGUUGCAUCUCGACCCAUGGCCGCCGUUUGAUUGCUCGCAUGCGCCUGUCUGCUUGCUGUAUGCUUAUUGUAAAAACCGUUUCACGCAUGUUCAAGAGGAAGGGGACAGAAGCAAGAACCCCAAUAAAAGCCGUGUCAUGACUGGACGAGGAGGCCUCGGGCUCUCAAUUGAUUCGCUGCGCGAA